CAUAAAACGUGGCGCUGAUCUAAAAAAAAAAUUUAUCACGAGUGUAACAGCUGUUGGUAUUUAAUAAGAAACUCUAAAGAGAGACAACAAUUAUGACGAAGAGUAUGUAGUAAUAUUAUUGUAUAUUUAUAUAUAUUUAACAUUCCCAAUAAAUGUUAUUUUUUAAUUAUUACUUUUCAUAAAAUCUCCAUUUUUUAAUGACUUAAAUGUAUAAAAAUAAAUCAAAAUAAUUAUUAUCCCAAAGGUUAUGUUUUCAAAUAGCUAUUAUCAGUACCGUAUGUUUAUAAUUGAAAGGGGAAAGUAAAUAAUAAAUGGAGUGUACGUGGAUUUUAUAAAAAAAAAUAAAAACAACAAGUGUGAUGUUUAAUUCAUAAUUUAAACAUAAAAAAAUAAUUAAUUUUUAAUUGUAAAUAAUAAUUAAAAGAAAGUUAAUAUGCCAAUAUCGGAUGUCAAAUAUGAAGCCGCAAGAGAUGAGCCAGAACCACUGGAUUGUUAUCUGCAGCAUGCACAGGAGUAUCAAACGACAUCAAAAGUACCGAAAACCUUUUGGAAUAUAUUUGGAAGAUCUUUGAUGUUGAUCGGUACAUAUUUUUUAUUAUCUGUAGGACUAACAUAUUUCCAACAAUGGUUUCUCAAAGACCAUGGUUUUCAUUAUCCAUUAAGUGUAGUAAUGUGUCAUUUACUAGUCAAAUUAUUUCUAGCAGCAUUCAUAAGGAAUGUUAAGUCAUAUAAACGAGGACAACAACAAGCACGCUUAUCGUGGCAAAGUAUCUUAUCAGCGUUAGCACCACCGGGAAUAGCUAGUGGACUUGAUGUUGGCUUUUCCAACUGGGGACUUUCAAUUAUUACCUUAUCUUUGUACACGAUGACUAAGUCCACAAGUAUAAUAUUUAUUCUUGGAUUCUCGUUAGUUUUUAAUCUAGAAAAAAAGUCAUGGUCAUUAGUCGGAGUAGUUAUAAUGAUAUCUGGUGGUUUAUUAAUGUUUACAUACAAAUCAACGCAGUUUGUUGUCACUGGGUUUGUGUUAUGUCUACUGGCAUCCUUUGCCAGUGGUCUACGAUGGACAAUGGCGCAAUUGAUAAUGCAAAAAUCAAAACUGGGUAUCAAUAGUCCUGUUGAUAUGAUGUAUUAUAUGCAGCCAUGGAUGUUAAUUGCUAUAUUUCCCAUAGCUCUCUGGUUUGAAGGUGAGAAAAUGUUCAAUAACGUUCAGAAAAUUGAUUGGAGUCAACCACAGCAAGUAUGGUGGACAACGACUGCUGUAUUUAUUGGUGCCAUUUUAGCUUUUAAUAUGGAAAUAAUGGAAUUUAUGGUAGUUACAUAUACUUCUAGUCUUACUUUAGCUAUUUUGGGUAUAUUGAAGGAAAUAUGCAUACUGGUGAUAGCCUUUGAAUGGAAAGGUGACCAAAUAAGCCGUCUCAAUUUCUUCGGAUUGUUACUGUGCCUUGGAGGUAUUGUGUUACAUGUUACGCAAAAAAUUUUGUCUAACAAAAAGGAGAUACAAGAAAAUCUUGAGUUGCACUCAAAUUCAAUGACAACUGUUGGGUCUGUUGAUGAGGACAUGGAUACAAACAUUCCACUGUUGACUGAGAGAUCAACGUCGCUUACGAAUCUAUUGAACUCGAAUUUUAGUACAGACGAGGACGAUGAUAAAGAUAAAGACGAUAGUUCAGAAGUACUUUUUAACAUUUUGCAACGCCGUGAGCAGUAAAAUUUUCUUACCAUUCCCUAUUUAUUUAAAUAAAAAAAAAUAUACUUUUAUUUUA